GAACAAUGCCUCUUCUCUCUCUGGUGACGGAGGCCAGCAGCAGGUGAUGCUGUGUUUACCGCGCGGUAAAGUUUGUGCUUCUUUACGUAGGGAGGUGUGAAUGCGACGUGUUACGGAGGGCGAUGGCCUCGGUUAUAAUGUCCACCGAGAGGAGGGAAGGAACUUGAAGCUCCGGAGAAGAAGAAUCUGUGCCUUCGACUGUCUGCUGGCUGCUGUGAGCUCCGGUGUGGUAUUGAUUACGAUGCUGCACUGCGUUAUCGUUUUGGCAGCUGGAAAUUAUUCGAGACCGGCCGCGGUGAAAUCGAAGAGGUCUUGAGGGAAGUAGAGGGUGAGGGGGAGGACGCUGGGGGUUGGAGUUUGAGGCUUGCGUUGACGAACAGCGAAUGUUUAUGCUAGGAAUGGAUGUCUGGUGGGCGGAGGUUGUGUCCAGGCGCCGAUGGAGAGGUUUCGAGGAUUUGUGCGAGCAGUAUUGAGAUCCAACUUAAUUGAGAGCGGAUACAGGAAAAGCUAAGCGAGAUAGCAUACAUAAUUUUAGCACAAGAGUCAAUGGGGGGAGGAGUAGCUUCAGAGGGGCAAAUGGAAAAGCGAAAAUAUCCUUACGGAGCAUCAGAUUACAAGCUGUUUGAGGAGGUAGGACAAGGUGUAACUGCGACAGUGUAUCGGGCACAUUGUAUUCCUUACAAUGAAACCGUGGCCAUCAAGAGCUUGGACCUCGAAAAAUGCAACACCAACUUGGAUGAUAUACGUCGAGAGGCUCAGACAAUGAGCCUUAUCGAUCACCCAAAUGUUGUAAAGGCGUAUUGCAGCUUUGUGGUAGAACAAAGUCUUUGGGUAGUGAUGCCCUUCAUGGCAGGAGGGUCUUUUCUACAUAUCAUGAAAUCAGCUUUUCCGGAUGGAUUUGAUGAGCCUGUUAUUGCAACGGUGUUGAAAGAAACCCUGAAAGCAUUAGAGUAUCUCCAUCGUCAUGGCCAUAUCCAUCGGGAUGUGAAGGCUGGCAACAUUUUAGUCGAUGCAGCUGGAGCUGUUAAGCUUGGCGACUUUGGCGUUUCCGCAUGCUUGUUUGACACUGGUGACAGACAGCGAACCAGAAACACUUUUGUUGGAACACCUUGCUGGAUGGCACCAGAAGUCAUGGAGCAGCUUCACGGCUAUGACUUCAAGGCUGACAUAUGGUCGUUUGGGAUUACUGCACUGGAGCUUGCACAUGGUCAUGCUCCAUUCUCAAAAUAUCCUCCAAUUAAGGUGUUGUUAAUGACGCUACAAAAUGCUCCGCCUGGACUAGACCAUGAGCGCGACAAAAAAUUCUCAAAGUCUUUCAAGGAGAUGAUUGCAAUGUGUCUAGUGAAAGAUCCAGCCAAGCGCCCGAGUGCUGAUAAGCUGCUAAGACAUUCCUUCUUCAAACAGGCUCGUUCAGGUGAUUAUAUAGCACGCAAUGUUUUAUAUGGACUUCCGCCUUUAGGGGAACGUGUAAAGAAGCUGAAGGUCAACGAUGCCAACCGACUUGCUCAAAAUGAGCAGGAAGUGCAAUCCCAGAAUGAAUACAAGAGGGGAGUAAGCGGCUGGAAUUUCGACCUUGACGAUUUAAAGGCAGAGGCUGCCCUGAUACAAGACGGUGAUGAGGAUCUAUCUAUGGUUGUUGGAAAAGACGUGAUAGUCGUGGAAGAACAGGAGGUGACAAAACUCCAAGUUCUCCCCUUUAUGGAGACGGAUGGAGAUGUACCCUCACACUGUCUAACUCCAUCACCUCCACCUUCCCUUAGUCGACAGCCGUCGAUCGAUAGAUUCCAGCAACCAGUUACGAUACAUUCCAUAAUUGCUGAAACUACAAGUGAUGCAGGAGAGCGAGUGACAAGAGUGCGAUCAGGGCCUCUUCCAAAUCCUGUCCAAACCAAGCCUACAAAUGGGAUGAGAGGCCGUUUUGAAGUAUGGGAGGACAAUAAUCCCGAAAGUCCAGUUUCGCAUGGUUCGCCAAGGGAGAGCCGACGAUCAGCGGAGGACAAAGAGCCAUCCCGACGAGAGAGGGACAGCAGAGAAUUUCGCAAAGCUGAUGAUAGAGAGAGAAAAGAGGAUAGAGAACAAAGGCGUUCGGAUGAGCGAGGUGAUCGAGAUGCGUUUCGUCGUGUAGGAAGUUUUGGAUCUGAGCGUGUUCUUUCAUCAAUUCGUGGUCUCACCAUGGAUUCACGAGAACAGGACAGAGACAGAGAUAUUCGCCAAAAUGGACGAAAUGGUGAGGAACUCAUUCGAUACGGGCCACGGGAACGUUCUUAUAGCGGGCCCUUACCCUCUCCUGUUGAUCGUUCUAUUGCCGAUUAUCGGCUAAUCAACGGAGGGAGCAAGGAGACGUUGGAGGAAAAAACCAAAUAUCUUGGCCAAAAGGGUUCGGUGCUCCAGAAAGGACGCUUCUCAGUCACUUCAGAUGACAUGAACUUGGAGGAUUCGCCGCAUGUGAGCUCAAGAAAAUAUUCGAACGUCCCAACACCACUUCACAAGUCCGCCAGUGCUAGCGAGUGGUCCAACGAUCGAAAAGUCCUUGGUUUGCAAAAUCCCGCAUCUCCCAGCCAACAGUCGAUAGCAUCAAGUCAAAAUAUUAGUGGAGCAAUAUCACUUUGCGCUGGAAUUAUGCCUCAGCUACAUCAAAUUCUUCAACAUGGUCAAAGACAACAGGAAGGUAUCUUGAAUCUCAUUCAGUCUCUCAGUCCAACUGACGCUGCCAACUUACAAGCUUUAAAUUCUGCUUCACGUUACCUGCGAAGCUUAAGCGCAAACUCUGUUGAUUCGUCGAGUGGGUGUGGUUCACCAAGAAGUCCACAGUGCGGAUCGCGAAACCGCCCAAGCCAGGUUGAGGCAUCCCAUAAGGGAUACUACAAUUGUCAACUUGAGGUGUCAACAGACAAGGAGCGUGAGCUUCUUCAUCAAGUAUCUGAACUGCAGGCCAGGAUGGCUAACCUUGUUGACGAACUGCAAACAGUGAAGCUGCGAAAUGUUUCGCUUGAACGCCAGUUGAAUGCUAUCUACAACAAAGAGGAAGAAGAAAGGAUAAGGAAAGAGGACGCGGCCAGAGAGAGUGGGUGACCUUUUUAGAGGUCAUCAGCUUGAUAUGCCAGUUAAAGCCGUCGAAGUAUAUAGUGCCUACCAGGUGGGUUACUGAGCUAGGAGUUUAUUUCAGAUUACUAGAUCAAAUUUGAAACAUCUGUCUUCUUGUUUUUAGAACUAGUGUACUCAGAUAUUUCCUCUGACAAAAGAAUGGUAAUACAUCUAGGAUAAAAGUCAGCAAAUAGGAGAUUUCAAGCAGCAGACCGUCGGUUCAAAGAUGAUCAAAAGAGCUCCUUCGUCAAGGCGCGUCAAAACACAGGGCCACAGGCUUCUUACCGAAAAACAUACAUAGUACUGUGUCUCAUGUCUUGUACUUUUGACCUCUUUUGAACCACGGGACAAACACUCUCUGGUUAGAUUAUCGUAACAAUACGAGGAUUUGAUGGAAGUUCUAAGAUGAGGAAUGCCCUGUUGUAUCUGCAUCUAUUCAAGAAUCCUCUCAAACAAGACUGGUUACUCUUCAUUACCUCUGAAAUCUUCGGCCCUCAAGGUGAUAGAGCUGUUAUUUCUUAUUUAUUUUCUUUUAUGAGUGUAGGUUAUCAUACUAUGUAUUGAGAACUUGUUCACUAUGGGCUUGCAUUUCUAACAUCCCAACCAUGAUUGAAUAUUCAUUGUAUCAUGGAGCUUUAUUUGGAAAGUCAGCUGUGUGAAUUAUUAUAUUAGCAAUAAAGAUACUUUUGCUUGUACAGUUUGA